CGCCUAAACAUUUUUAUUGUAGACGAUUUCUUGUCUACUUCGCUUGCCAACCUUGUGGUGGGCGAUGCUAAAAUGGCGUUGCACACAGCUGAUUGGAGUCCGCUAGGCAAAGAUGUUUAUUACAGGAAGUUCGAACUUUAUUCUAUGGACUGGCAGGCGCAGAACCUUGAGCUGUCAGAUUUCAUCGUCGCGGCAGCUCCCUAUGGCGGACCAAUUGCACUCAUCAGGGAUGACCGUAAGGUCGCCCGGAUAAAGCUGAGCAGUGGAUGCCUAAUACACCUCUUCUCCUCAAGUGGGAAGACGCUAGGGAAUAUAAAGCAUGAUGCUGGGAGUAUCAUGGCCAUGGGAUGGUCCAACGUGGAAAGCCUUGUUGUCAUACAAAGAGAUGGCGUAAUCACCGAGUACACACUGCAAGGGAGAGUGCAAACGACAUUCACCAUGGGACAGAUUCCUAAAGAUACUGGUGUCCUUGAAGCUCGUGUGUUUUCCACUAACAAAAGGACCGGAGUGAUUAUCCUCACAGGCUCCUACAAGUUCUUUCUUGUAGAAAACAUUGCUAGCUACAAGACAUGGCAGCUGGGAGACAUACCUGAUUUGGAUGCUCCACCCAGUAGCUGGACUGCCAUCCUCGAUGAUUCUAGUACCAAAGUAGUUGUUGCCAAAGAUGAGAAAAUUUAUGUGCUGGACCCCAGGAGCACUACAAGAUGCUCUUUAGAGACACCGCCCAUCAAGUCUAUGUUCAAUGCUGUCAUCGAAAUGGCUGUGUCCUUUGACUACAAAAACAUUGCCCUAUUUCUUGACAAUGGCCACCUCUGGGCAGGUUCCAGCGAUCUGAAGACGGUAUACUGCGAGAUUGACACUCGGGCAAAGUCUCGACCCAAACAGCUUUUGUGGUAAGCCAGUGUUCUCGUCAACUACCU